AAGCAUAGCUCAGGGCAGACAUUGUAGGCAUCAGCUCUAGCCAAAGGCCAGGUUCAAUGAAGUGGACUGAAAUAUGUUCCCACCUGAAUGGUGCUUUGGCUGUGCAGUUCACAUGCACAGUUUGUCCACAUGCACGUAUUCAUCCCCCAGCAAUUGUAGGCCAGCUUCUUUUAGGUUUUAGAUUUUAGAUAUGUUAAGUUUAAGUCUACCUUCAUUUUUUUACGUGAACUUGCCUCACUGUUUAAAUAAUGUCUGCCUCUGACUCAUCAAUUCUUUACUUAUAUUCCUCAGGGCCCGAAAGGACCAAGAGGUGAAAGGGGACCCCAGGGCCCUGACGGGAGGGACGGCAGACCUGGCAACCCCGGCCCCGCUGGGCCCCCAGGACCCCCUGGCCUCGGCGGAAACUUUGCUGCUCAGUAUGAUCACAACAAAGGCGCUGAUAUGGGUCCCGGCCCCAUGGGAAUGAUGGGAAUGAAAGGCCCACCUGGACCUCCCGGCCCCCCUGGCUCCCAGGGACACACCGGACACGCUGGUGAGCCCGGAGAGCCCGGACAGACCGGCCCCGUUGGUUCCCGUGGACCCCCUGGACCAUCUGGCAAAGGUGGAGAUGACGGUAACAACGGCAGACCUGGCAAGCCCGGAGACAGAGGGACCGCUGGACCCCAGGGUGCACGUGGAUUCCCCGGAACCCCUGGACUCCCCGGCAUGAAGGGACACAGAGGUUACACUGGUAUUGAUGGUCGCAAGGGAGAGUCCGGUGCAUCCGGAAUCAAGGGAGAGAGUGGUGCCCAUGGAUCUUCCGGAAGCCCAGGAAUGGCUGGAGCUCGUGGUACGAUUGGAGAGAGAGGCCGUGCUGGACCUGCUGGACCCGCUGGUGCUCGUGGUGCCGACGGCAAUGUUGGACCCGCCGGUCCCGCUGGACCCCUCGGUGCCUCUGGUGCUCCCGGUUUCCCCGGCUCCCCUGGCCCCAAGGGAGAGGUUGGACCCGCUGGAUCAUCCGGACCCUCCGGACCUCAGGGAUCGAGAGGUGAGGCCGGUACCAAUGGUGCUGGUGGACCCGUCGGACCCCCUGGCAACCCUGGCAACAACGGCCUGAACGGAGCCAAGGGAGCUUCCGGUGCCGCUGGUGUUUCUGGAGCCCCUGGCUUCCUCGGAGCCCGCGGCGGCCCCGGCCCCCAGGGACCUCAGGGCGCCGCUGGAGCCAGAGGUCUUUCUGGUGAUCCCGGUACCUCAGGCGUCAAGGGAGACUCUGGCCCCAAGGGAGAGCCUGGUCACCACGGACCCCAGGGUACCCCCGGACCCAACGGAGAGGAGGGAAAGAGAGGACCCAGCGGCGAGGCCGGAGCCACCGGCCCCGCAGGACCCCGUGGAGCCAGAGGUGCAGGCGGCAGCCGUGGAAUCCCCGGAUCAGAGGGAAGAUCUGGCCCCAUUGGCAUGCCCGGUGCCCGUGGUGCUACAGGUGCAGGUGGAGCGCGUGGAGCCCCUGGUGAUGCUGGCCGCGCUGGAGAGACCGGUCUGACCGGAGCCAGAGGUCUGCCAGGUAGCCCUGGAAGCUCUGGACCCCCAGGCAAAGAGGGAGCAUCUGGUCCCGCUGGACAAGAUGGCCGCACUGGUCCCCCCGGACCUACUGGACCCCGCGGUCAGCCCGGUAGCAUCGGCUUCCUUGGCCCCAAGGGUCCUUCUGGUGAGGCUGGCAAGCCCGGAGACAAGGGAUCCGCCGGCGCCUCUGGUCUGAGAGGAGCCCCUGGCCCUGAAGGCAACAAUGGUGCAGCUGGCGCCCUUGGACCCGUCGGAGUUGCUGGUGAGAAGGGAGAGCAGGGACCCGCUGGAGCUCCUGGUUUCCAGGGACUCCCUGGAACCGCUGGACCUGCCGGAGAGGCUGGCAAGCAUGGAGAUAGAGGUGUCCCCGGAGACCAGGGCCUUGCUGGACCCGCUGGAAUUAAGGGAGAGCGCGGUACCCCCGGAGUCGCCGGAACCUCCGGACCUCAGGGAGCCAUCGGAGCCCGCGGCCCCGCCGGUCUCCCCGGCGCCGAUGGUGGCAAGGGAGAGCCUGGCUCCGUCGGAGCUGCUGGUAACGCCGGACACCAGGGAAACGGUGGCAUGCCCGGAGAGCGUGGAGGUGCCGGUACCCCCGGUGGCAAGGGAGAGAAGGGAGAGGGUGGCCACAGAGGUCCCGACGGAAAUGUUGGCAGAGAUGGAUCCCGUGGUGCCCCCGGACCCGGCGGACCCCCAGGACCUAACGGUGCUAACGGAGACAAGGGUGAGAGCGGUUCCUUCGGACCUUCCGGCCCCUCAGGAGUCCGUGGACCCUCUGGUGAGCGUGGAGAGGUUGGACCCGCCGGAUCCGCUGGAUUCGCUGGACCCCCUGGUGCUGAUGGACCCUCAGGAGUCCGUGGAGAGCGUGGACCCGCUGGAGGCAAGGGAGACCUUGGACCCGCUGGCCCUGCCGGACCCGCCGGACAGUCCGGACCCUCUGGUGCUUCUGGACCCGCUGGACCCCCUGGUGGUCGUGGUGACAACGGACCCAGUGGUCUGACUGGUUUCCCUGGUGUUGGUGGUCGAGUUGGCGCUGCCGGUCCCUCUGGCAUCGUCGGCCCCCCUGGCUCCGCCGGCGCCGCCGGUAAGGACGGCCCCCGCGGCCUCCGUGGAGACUCUGGCCCCGCUGGCCCCCCUGGUGAGCAGGGUAUGCUUGGCCCCGCUGGUCUGGCUGGAGACAAGGGACCCUCUGGAGACUCCGGUCCCGCUGGUGCCCCCGGAACCUCAGGACCCUCUGGUCAGCUUGGAGGACAGGGAUACGUUGGUCUGCCCGGACCCAGGGGAGACCGUGGUGUCCCCGGUGGAGCUGGAGGCCUGGGAGAGGCUGGUAGAGUUGGCCCCACUGGGUCUGCUGGACCCCGUGGACCCUCUGGAAACAUCGGCAUGCCCGGUAUGACCGGACCCCAAGGAGAGGCUGGCCGCGAGGGUAAUACUGGAAACGAUGGACCCCCUGGCCGUCCCGGUAUCGCCGGAAUCAAGGGAGACCGUGGAGAGCCUGGAUCCAACGGACCCAUGGGCAUGGCUGGAGCUCCCGGACCCUCUGGCCAGACCGGCCAGGCUGGCAGAGCCGGAAACCGUGGAGAGUCUGGACCCGGAGGCGCCACCGGCCCCUCAGGGAUGGCUGGAGCUAGAGGCGCAGCUGGACCCGCAGGACCCCGUGGUGAGAAGGGUGUUGGUGGAGAGAAGGGAGAGAGAGGCAUGAAGGGACUGCGUGGACAUGGUGGACUCCAGGGAAUGCCCGGACCCGCCGGCCAAUCUGGUGAUUCUGGCUCUGCUGGACCUGCUGGACCCUCUGGACCCAGAGGCCCCGCUGGACCCCACGGACCCCCUGGCAAGGAUGGUAGAUCUGGUAGCCAUGGAACCAUUGGUGCUCCCGGUGCCCGUGGACCCCCUGGAUACCUCGGACCCGCUGGUCCCAACGGAUCUCCCGGUCUUCCCGGACCCCCUGGCCCCGCCGGCGACGGAUACGACGUGUCCGGAGGAUACGAUGAGUACAGAGCCGACCAGCCCAACCUGAGGGCCAAGGACUACGAGGUUGAUGCCACCAUCAAGUCCCUGAACACCCAGAUCGAGAACCUGCUCAGCCCCGAGGGCUCCAGGAAGAACCCCGCCCGCACCUGCCGCGACAUCAAGCUCGGACACCCCGAAUGGACCACCGGCUUCUACUGGAUCGACCCCAACCAGGGAUGCACCAACGACGCCAUCAAGGUGUUCUGCGACUUCUCCACCCGCGAGACCUGCAUCUUCGCCCACCCCGCCAGCAUCGCCCAGAAGAACUGGUUCAGAAGCACCGAGACCAAGAAGCACGUCUGGUUCGGAGAGACCAUCAACGGAGGCACCGAGUUCACCUACAACGACGAGACCCUCAGCCCACAGAGCAUGGCCACUCAGCUGGCCUUCAUGCGCCUGCUGUCCAACCAGGCCAGCCAGAACGUCACCUACCACUGCAAGAACAGCGUGGCCUACAUGGACGCUGAGAGCGGCAACCUGAAGAAGGCCGUGCUGCUGCAGGGCUCCAACGACGUGGAGCUCCGCGCCGAGGGCAACAGCCGCUUCACCUUCAACGUGCUGGAAGACGGAUGCACUUCACACACUGGCGAAUGGAGCAAGACAGUCAUCGAGUACAGAACAAAUAAGCCAUCUCGCCUGCCCAUCCUCGACAUUGCACCUUUGGACAUUGGUGGAGCCGAUCAGGAGUUUGGCUUGGACAUUGGCCCAGUCUGUUUCAAAUAAAUAGACUCAUGUUAAAUUAACACCUCCCCCUCCCAGAAAAAAAGAGUGAAAGAAAGAAAAAAAGAAAAUCUCUGCCCUUCUUUCUUUGUUGUUUUUUUAUACUGAAUGCUGAUUCCUCUCGGCGCCUCCACUUGCUUAAGCUGGGCAACUAUCGGAGUGGAACGGACGGACUGAAUGGAGCGAUUGUGCAAUGCAAAUUAAUACAGCCAACGAAUGGGAACGCAGGAAAACACCUUGUUGUGGGACACCAUGCCAUCGUUUUGUAAAAAAUAAAAGAAGUGUAAUAAAAACGCUGAAAGUAUGCAUCACUUUGUGGUCUUUGUAUAUCUUCCAAAGAGGAGGAGGUUUAAAACCACAAUUUCCAUGAAAAAAAGGUUUAGACUACCUCACGACCUGUACAUUAAGAAAAUACUAUUGACAAAACCCGGUUUCCUGCAACAGAAGGUGUUGGAAAAGUUGCGAGACUUCGAGGUCUGUCGCCGUUUCAUCAGAGGGUGCUCUACUGCGGGGGUCCAUGAGAUCUAUGGUGCUAUUACGCAGCAAACCACUCUGCCCAUCUGUAUUACUUUGUAUUGACCUUCCACACAGGAGCAUCGCGCUAGUCCUCCCUGGUACCUACCACCCCCCCAGUUUAAGCAGGUGGAAUCCCCCUUAAACUAAUGCCUUGUCUGGUUGUUUCCCCCCCCCCCCCCCCCCUCCGUUGUUUCAUUUGAUUUCCUUUCCUUACUCAUUUUUUUUGUGUAGAAGGUUUUCUUUUUGUCCAAGCUUUUUACUCUUCUCAAGUCCCACACUCAGUGGUCAUACUGACAUACUGCAUUUCAGCGCAAAAAAACUCUCUUUCCCCCCCCCCCCUGAAAAAAAAGCCAACACCACAAAGUUUAUUGUACCUAUUUUGUAUAUGUGAGAUGUUUAAAUAAAUUGUGAAUGGUUCUGAAAUAAAGCAUGUCCAGUGUUCGAACAACUCCA